ACAUCUAUAAAAAGGCCAUUCCCACAUGAAACUAAGCCAAAACCAACUGACAAAAAAAAGCUUUAAUUUUUCUCCUCCACAGUUUCUUCUGAAGAACAAUAAUGGUUUCAGGUUCCUUCACCCGCGAGCUUGUGUUGACCGUUGCCCUCGAUAGAGCAUGGAAAGCAGCCGUUGUUGAUUCCCAUAAUUUGGUUCCAAAGCUAGUGCCUGAUUUUGUUUCAAGUGUUGAGCUUUCUGAAGCAGAUUGCAGAGUUGGUACUUUGAAGAUUGUUAAUUUCGGUGAAGCUAUGAAAGAAUUCCGCUUUAUUAAGGAGAGAGUUGAGGCACUAGAUACUGAGGAGCACAUAAUAAAGCACUCUAUCAUUGAAGGAGGGCUUAUUGGCCUAAGGUUGAAAUGUUACUCAAUCGAGAUAAGAUAUGAAGUGGUAAACAACUCUGAAACUUUGGCAAAUGUCACAUUAGAGUAUGACACUAUAGAUAAUACUCUUCUCAGUGCCGAAGAGCAAGAAGGAAGCAUAAAAGGGAUCUUUUUGAUGCUUAAGGCUAUUGAAGGAUAUCUGACUGAAAACCCAACUUCUUAUGCCUAAAUAAUAUGCUGUUGUGCUUGUCUGAGGGUUGCUGUGCUAAUAAGUGAAAGUUUGUUCUUCAAAUUAUUAGAGGAGAAUGUGUUUCUUGUUUCUUCCCCUCCUUGGUUUGUCUUCAAGUGUUUGCUUAUGAAUAAAAAAUCGAAG